AUGGCCGUGGCCAACGGGGCAGCCCCGGCAGCGCCGGGAGGAGCGAGCCCGGCUGAGGGGAAGAAGAAGCGGGAGGAGCUGAAGGUGGUGGUCGUGGGCGACGGGGGCUGCGGGAAGACGUCGCUGCUCCUGGUGUACGCCAAGGGCGCCUUCCCGGAGGAAUAUGCUCCUUCGGUAUUUGAGAAAUAUACCUGCAGCAUUAACGUUGGCAAAAAAGAAGUCCUCCUACAUUUGUAUGACACUGCAGGGCAGGAGGAUUAUGAUCGGCUACGACCACUUUCAUACCAGAACACCAGUGUGGUCUUAGUUUGCUAUGAUGUCAUGAAUCCUACCAGCUUUGAUAAUGUAUUAAUUAAGUGGUCUCAUGAGGUGAGCCAUUUCUGCCAAGGAAUCCCCAUAGUACUUGUUGGCUGCAAAACAGAUCUCCGUAAAGACAGGGAAUACUUACGGAAACUCCGCUCAGCUCAGCAGGAGCCAAUCACUUACAGCCAGGGUGAAGAAGCUCGUCGCCAGAUGAAUGCAGACGUUUACCUGGAGUGUUCAGCCAAGUACCGUGAAAACAUUGAAGACAUUUUCAGGGAAGCAGCAAGCAUUGCUCUGAACGCCAUGAAAAAAAACAAGCGACAGAAGAAAUUGAGGCCAUGUGCCCUAUUGUGA